GGAAGCAUCAUCAGCACUGGCAGCAGCAGCACUUACAAUAGUAACAGCAGUUACAACAGCAACAGCACUUACAACAACCCAGCCCCUGCCCCAGGCUCUCUCACCCGCUACAGCAGCUUCAACAGCGUUGGCAGCAGCAACAGCCUCAGCAGCUACACCACCACCGGCACCACCGGCAACACCGGCGGCAGCAGCAGCGGUGGCAGCGGCGGGGGUGGCGGCCCAAACUCCGCAGCGGCCUCUGCUGCUUCUACUGCCAGUGCCACUGGGGGGCAGCCGGGCGGCAGUGCAGGGGGGCAGCUGGGCGGCAGUGUGCUGCUGGUGGAGGGCACGGUGUCAGGCUUCGCGCAGCAGUGGAUGGUGGAGCACCGCAUGUCGCUCGUGUUCAACGUGAAGCGGUCCUUGUUGGAGAGGAUAGCGCGCUGCACCGGGGCCAAGGUGGCCCAGUCCGCUGAGACGCUGGACAGGCUCGGGCAGUGCCAGCGGUUCUGGACUAAGAAGUUUGUGGAGGAGUGGGAUGCGGUCGGGGGUGGUGGAGGGGUGGGGGCGGAGGGAGGGGGGGGAGGAGGUGCGAGAGCGGGCAGGGGGAGGGGUACAGUGUCUAGUGCUGCUGGUUUCAAUGGUGGUACUGCUGGUGGCAGCGGUACGGGUGGUGCUGCUGGCAGUGCCGCUGCUGCUUUGGGUGGUCGCAAGAAUGUGAAGACCCUGCUGUUUCUUGAAGGCUGCCCAAUUCCUCUUGGCUGCACGGUGCUGCUGAUGGGCGCACCAACAUUGGAGCUGAAGCGCGUGAAGCGGGUGAUGCACUUUGCGGUGUUUGCCUCGUACCACCUCGCCCUUGAGACCUCCUUCCUUGCCGACGAGGGCGCCCUGCCCCCCGGCAUCGACCCCUUCCCUCCUCUAUGUGCUGCUUCGCCUCCUCCCCCUGCUGCUGCUCCUCCUAGUACCUCCACUCCCACUGCUGCUCCCCCUCCUACCGUUAUUGACCCCUCUGCUGCUGCUGAUUGUGGUGGCAGUGGUGGUGGAGAUGGUGGUAGUGUGGCCGCCACGGUAGCACCAACCAGGCCUUUAGAAGACCCCCAUCCACCUUCUAAUGCCGGUGCUCACAUGAACAUGAGCCAAACGGGUUUGGGUGGGGGUGAAGGAGAUCGAGGCGACUGUGAAAAUAGUAGAGGAGGAAAGAUUGGUGGAGGGUCAGGGGAGGCUGGAGAUUGGGAGGGUAACGGUGUGGGGCAAGAUAGGCAGGCAGAGGUUUCAGGCGCUGUGGUCAGAUCGAAUCUGCCAGCUGGCGCUCGGCCAUUGGCUGGUGAUGCUCCGGCAGUGCAGCCCCAUCUGCUUGCUGACGUCAUGGCUGCUGACGUGGCUUCCACGGAUGAAUCUGCUGCCAUCGACCCCUCUGCUGCAUCUGCUGGUAGUAUCACCCCUGCUCCCCCCUCUGCUAUAGUCACAUCUUUACCCGUUAGUAGCAGCAGCGCUGGCAGCAACAGGCCGUCCCCCCGUCGCAUUGCACAGCUGUCAGCAUCCCUGUGGGCCAGUGGGGUCUCUGCUGUGAGAGAGGGUGUGAGGGAGAGUGGGGAGGGCCUGAGAGAGAGUGGGGUGAGUGUGAAGGAGGGUGCAGGGGCCUGUGAAGAGCUGGGGCGAAAAGAGGAGGAGGCAGGGACUGGGGAAACAGGAGGAGAAGGAAGAUCAGGUCAAAGCACAGGAGAGGCGGCAGGAGGUGCAGCAGCGGGUGAUGUUAACAGGAGUGCUGUUGACGCUAGUGUGGGCGGGGAAGAUCAGAGUGGAGCAAACGUGGCAGCACAAGGCGGGUUGUUAGAGAGUGAAUCUUGCUCAGCAGCGGCAGCAGCAGGUGCAGAGGAUCCAAAUGCUGAGGGGAGUCCACCAGCAUUAGCUCAAGGGCAGCAGCAGCAGCAGACGGAGCAAAGGCAGCAGACGAUGCAAUCACAGCAGUUUCUCCAGCCGCUCCUACCACAGCAGCCGCAGCCGCAGCCGCAGCAGCGGCAGCAGGGAGGGGUUGGCAUUGCGAUUCUGCUAGAAGGAUCAGACUCUGUGGACCCAUGUACUUCUGCUGGUGCUUCUGGUAGUGCCGUCUCCACUGCUGCUGCGACUGCUGCUGCGACUGCUGCUGCUAUCGCUGCCGCCGCAACGACCGGUGCACAGUGCAAGGUGGGUUCCAUGGCGGACGUGUCCCCACCCACAGAAGCAGGGCCUGGUGCACCACUCCCACAAGCUGCAGCAGCAGCAGCAGCAGUAGACCCGUCUCCUCAGCCCCUGGCCAUUCCCCCCUCCCUGACCCCCCUGGCACCCGUGUCCCCCUCGGAGCACCAGUCCAUCCUGGUGUGGGCAUCCAGCCGCUGCGUGUCGCGCAAGCUGCUGUGUGAGGCGCCGGAGCUGAUGAGGAUCAAGUACUAUGGGGACAGGGACAUGCCGCUGGGGCACUUCCUCACUCAAUUCGUGCUCAACCCGCUCUGGCGCUGCAAGUGUGGCAUGCCGUCGCAGGACCACGUGCGCGUCUAUUCCCACAAGGAGGGCUCGCUCACCAUCUCCGUUCGCAAGGCUGACGACAUCCUCCCGCCCACGCACCUCCUGCCAGGGGCAGGAGGGGGGGGAGGGGGAGGGGGAAUGGGAGGGGGGAGAGGAGCUUACGGAGGGGGAGGAGGGGGGUAUGGUGGGGGAGGGGGUUUGAAUCCAGCAGUGGGGGAUGCGGACACGGGGUGUGGCGGUCAGGACUCUGGCGGUUCUGGCUCUGGUGGAUAUGCUGCUGUGGCGGGUUCUUGCGCUCCUGCUGUGUCCCGAUGCAUCUGGAUGUGGCACCGCUGCAGGCAAUGCCGCCCGGUGGACGGAGUGGCACCAGCCACGCGGCGAGUGCUCAUGUCGGAGGCGGCGUGCAAGCUGUCGCUGGGCAAGUUCCUGGAGCUUUCCUUUACCAACCACGUCGUGGUGGGCCGCCUGGCUGCCUGCGGCCACUCGCUGCACCGCGACUGCCUGCGCUUCUACAGGAGUGGCGAGAUGAUAGCAUGCUUCGCCUACUCGCCCAUGCACCUCUACUCCGUCUGCCUGCCCCCUCUGCGUCUUGGGUUCAACAACCGCCACCAGCAGCAGUGGCUGCUGGAGGAGUUCAACGAUGUCGCGGAGGCGGCGGAGCGGGUCUUCAUGGACAUCUUGAACGCCCUCGACGCCCUCGCAGCCUGCCUGGCACAGGGCGGGCCGCUGUCCGCCAGCCGCUUCCCCGAGGCACGCGCCAGCCUGGCGCUGUUAGAGGCAACCUUACAGGGGGACAAGCAGGCGCUGGAUAAGAAGCUCCAGCAGGCAGCACCGAAUUUUGAAGUGCCCGCCGGGCAGCCCGUGACGGACAUCUUGCAGCUGAACCGAGUGCGGCGAGACCUGACUGUCCAAUCGGCUGAGUGGACUGAGCGCCUGCUCCGAUUGGCUGCAGAGAUUCAACAGCCGCCGCCACUGCAGCAACUGCAGCAGCAGCAGCUGGCAUUACAGCAGCAAUUGCCACAGCAGCAGCUGCUGAAGCAGCCAGCCACACCAAGAGCAGCAGCCACAGCAGCACCUGCAACAGGAUUCGAAGCCCCAGCAGGAGCAGCAGCAGCACUGUCUGAAGCAGCAGCAGAAACAUCAUCUGACGCGGCAGCAGCGGAAGCAGGUGUAGAAGCUGGUUUGGGAGGCAGGGAAAGCAGUAAACUUGCUAAAGGACAGGUGUCAGUCAAUGGUUCGCCACCAAAAGUCAGCUCUCAACAGCUGCCACAGCAGCAGCAGCAGCCGCAGGUGGAGGGCGGUUCACCUGAGGGGGGGUCACUUGAGGGGGGAUCACUUGAUUUGCUUGGCCAGGACGACUCCCUGGGGCUGUUUGGCGGUAGCCUAGACCUCGCUGCCCGCACUGCAGAGGCUCGGCGGAAGAAGGCCUGGGAGGCAGAGGUUCGGGAAACAGAGGGUGGGGGAGUGGGGGUUCGGGAAGCAGAGAAUGGGGGAUCGGAGGUUCGGGAAGCAGAGGGUGGGGGAGCGGAGUUACGGGAAACAGGGAGAGAAGGGUCGAAUUUGCAGGUUCUGAAAACUUCAGAGACGGAGGAGGCUAAGGAGGAGGGGAAAAGUGGAAGGGAGAAAGAGCAGGAAGAUGCGAAUAGUGGGUUUGGGAAUGUGUUGGCUGAGGGUGGGGGGGGAAAAGAGGGGAAGAGAGGGGCGGAGGAAAUGGGACAGGAGGGAGUGGAGGACAGGGGGAUGGAAGGGGGAGUUGAGUGCGGUUGCAGUGAUGGGGCUGUUACAACAAGUGGACCAGCAGCAGAUGUAAAUGCUGGGGAUGGUGCUGAGGAUGUUGCUGGGGGUGGUACUGGGGGUGGUGCUGAGAGAGAGGAAGAAGAGGCGAGGAGGAGCAAAAUGACUGCACCGGAUGCAUGUGAGUCAGAAGGCACUGCUGCAGCAGCAGUUGUUGCUGCUGGUGCUGCUGCCUCGCCUGCAAUUGCUGCUGCAACUGCUGUCGCUGCUGCUGCUGCAACCACGGAGGCGACGGGUUUUCCUGCGCUGGUUGGUGCUGAUGCGAUGGCUGAUGUAGCAGCUGAUGUGGCAGCUGACGUGGCGGUUGCUGAGUCAGCAGCAGAUGCAGCAGCAGUUGCUGACUGGGCAGUGGGAAUGGCAGCAGCAGCAGUGGUGCCCCGUGCUCUGUCUGUCGGCCACCUCCCUGUCUGGGCCUCAUUCCCUGCUGCCUUGCCACCAGCCUUGCCAACUGCUUCACCAGCAGCCAUACCAACACUUUUACCAACGGUAGCCGUUUCUGCUGUGUUACCAGCUGCAAGUGUAGCAGCGCCGUAUGCAGCCAUUGUAACGGUGUUACCAGCAGCAGCAGUUGCAGCUGAAGCAGUACCAGCAGGAGCCACAGCACCAGCUGUAGCACCAGCUGUAGCGCUGCCGGCAGCAGCAGCACCACCACCAGCUGCGCCAGCAGCAGCAGCAGCAGCUGCAGCAGCAAGAACAAGUAUGGCAGCAGGGCUCAGCAGCGCCCUGUCAGGCGCAUGGGGCUCGCUCAUUCCGGCUGUUUUCUCCCGGCCCGCCAGUGUCACCAGUGGUGGGUCUUUGCUGGAGGUCAAGGAGGGAGACAGGGAGGAGGGUGGAGCGAGAGCAGGGGUUGAACUUGAGAAGCCGACAGAUGAGAAGGUAGAUGAGAAGACACUGGAGAAGGAUGGGAUGAGGGAGGAGGAUGCGCCAGCAGCAGGUGGAGUGAUAAGAACAGCAGGCAGGGAUGAGGAGGAAGGCGGAGGGCAGCAGGGGAAGGAGGAAGCCCUGUCUCUGACUCUGCAUGGCACGCAUGGGUGGGGCACGCAUGGGCGGGGCACGCAUGGGGAAGGCGCAGAGGGGCAGAGCACGGGUGGGGGGGGAGCAGAUGCGGAGCCCCAGCCUAUGCCUGAGCAGGUUACAGACCACGAGAGCGCAGGGUGUGAUGCUGUAGAGCGUGGGCGUGCGGACGAUGACAGGGUGGACAGUGGAAGUGUGGAUAGAGAGACUGCACAGGGUGCAGUUUUGUCUUCGUCACGAUGGGAGAGAGACCAUGGUAGCUGUAGCUUCUCGGAAUGGAGGGGAGCGAGGGCAGGGGUGGGGGAAGAUGGGGAGGGGAGAAGUAGGGAGAACGGAGGUGAUGUGAGAGAGGAAGCAGUGGAUAAAGCGAGAGAGGAGGCAGGUGAGAAGGGAGCAAGGGAAGGUGGAGAGGAGCGACAAGAGGAGGCGCUUACUCCAGUGCUGUCCACCGAAACGCCAUCGCUAUCUUUACUCCCAGGAGCAGCGUCAGCUGCAGGGGGACUGCCAUCCACUGCCAGUACUCAACGUCUCUCACGCCGAUCCAGCCUACCUCCCAGAGCACCGAUACCCUCGAGCUGGGUUGCUUCCGGGGGGCCAGCAGCAGAGAUUUCUACAGCAGCUGCAGCAGUCAGCAAGGGUGCAGCGGUAGAAACGCCAACUCCAAUGCCAGCGCCAGCAGCAGGGGCUGCAGCAGCCGCCUGCCGUGGGCCGAUGGCAGGUCCCGCCGAGGCGGAUGCAGAAUCAGGGCCGGCGCUCAAGGCAGCAGCGGUGGGAGCAACACCAACUCCUGCUGCAUCUGUGGUUGUCUCUGGAACUGCUGCCGUGCAUUCGCCGACAAUGGAUGCAGAAGCAGCACCUGUGUCGUCCACCGCUGCUGCGCCUGCUGCUGCUGCUGCUGCUGCUGCACCAGCAGCAGUUAUACCUGCACCAGAUACGCCCACAGCCGCUGCUGCUGCUGCUGCUGCUGCCACAGCUGGUGCCACUGCUGGUGUGGCUGAUGCCAGUGCCGGUGCUGCUGAUGCAGCAGCAGCAGCAGCAGCAGCAGCAGCAGCAGCAGUGGAAGAAGCAGCGCCGGUGCGUUCCUUCAGCUGCAACACAGCAGGCAGCAGCAGGCCGCUUGCAGCCACCCCUGUCAGCCACCCUGCCGCAACCACCAUGCCCUCGCCGCUCUCCCGCUCGCCCUCCCUCCUCUCCCUCCCUGGCCCCUCCACUGGUGUACCACCUCUGGGAUCCAUUGGCAAGCUGUACCCUCCGCCCUUCCUGGGUCGAGCACACGUCCUUCUCCCCCCCGGCAUCAGCGGGCGUAUCAUAGCAGUGUACGACGACGAGCCCACCUCCCUUAUCGCCUAUGCCAUCUCCUCAAACGAGUACUACCGUGCCGUGCAUGGCUCUACGGUCGCUCCCACUUCGGCUGCUGGGAGUGUGGGUGCUGUUGUCGGUGUGGGGCAUGUGGGGAGUGUGUUUGGGCCUGGAGUGUUGGCACGGGGGUUUGCGGGAAGCGGGAGAGUGGUGGAGUCAGAGGUGGUGGGGGCGAAAGCGGUUGGGGAGUUGGUGAGGCAAGCCUCUUCAGCAGCUGCAGCAGAGGCAACAGCGGUGGCAGCGGCAGAGGCAGCGUCAGCUGAAGUAGAUGCUGCAGCAGCAGCUAGAGCAGCAGCAGCAGCAGGCCCAGAAAUCGCAGUAACAGCAGGUGCAGCAGAUGCUGCAGCAGCAGCUAGAGCAGAUGCGACUGGGACUGAUGUUACGCCUCCACCAGAUGCUCCCGACGCUAACUCCUCUCGUACCACAGAUGCCUCUCUAGCCGCGGCUUCUAGAGUGACAGAACCUGCAGCAGGCAACGCAGAGCCGCAAGUUUCAAGUGAAACACAGGCAACAGUGGCACAAGCAGUGAGGUCGGGUCGAGAAGCAAGCGAGGGAACAGCCAGAGACGGGGCGGGAAGAGGGAGGGAGGGACUGGGAGCAGAGCCGAAACGCCUUGCUGCAUUGGACGGAGAAGCGGGUGAGCUGGCGUCGACCAGAGAAGCGGAAGGAUCAGUGGAGGCUCAAAGCCUUGGUGGGGAAGAUAGGAGGGGAGGUAGUGGCAACAGAGAAAUGAGUGCUGCUAGCACGGCAGCGGCUGCUUGUGAUUGUGCGAGGAAUAGCAGCAGAGGGUCACAAGCUGCUUCUACAGAUAAUGUUGGUGAAAGAAACAAGAGCACUCUCUUCUACAGAGCAGAGAGUGCUGCUGCAGCAGCUGCUGGUACAUCAUCCAACGGUAGUGUGGGCGGUGCUGGCGAUGACAUGAUCGAGGCUUGUAGACGAGCCGAUGGGGAAGGCGGUAGAGGUGAUGGUGGAGGUGAUGGUGGAGGUGGAGGUAGAGGUGGAGGUAGACAGGAUGAAUUGGAGAGAAAGAGAAGGCAGGCCGGCACCGGAGGUAGUGAGAGAGCAGAGGGCGGUGGGCUGGGAUGCAGUGCAGGGACCCCGGCAAGGGCAGAAGGUGAUGCUGUUUGUGUUGAGGCUGGCAUUGCUGCUGCUGCUGCUGGUGCUGACGCUGAGGGAACGACACAAGGGGUGCCCCCUCAAGGGAUGGCUGAAAGUGGCGGUGAUGGUGGUGGUGCUGGUGCUGGUGCUGGUGCUGCUACCAGCGGUGCUGGUGGUGGAGGAGGAGGCAGGUGUGUGGACUCCAGGAAGGACGAGACUGUUUGUGAGCCGGAGGAUGGUUGUCCCUUGUUGCAGCAAGAUCAGCAGCAUGUAUCCUCCUUGCAGCAUGAACCGUUACAAGCACAGCAAGAUACAUCACUAGAAUCACAACAAGAAGCGCUACCUGCACAGCCAGACUCGUUACAAGCACAGGCAGAGCCAGCACAAGCACAGCAGGAAGCGCUGCCAUGCCGUGCGCAGCCGGCACAGCCAGAGCCAACACAGCCACAACAAGAAUUGUUACGAGCACAAGAGGAACCGCCACCGUCCCGUCAGGACCCGCCCCAAGCACAGCCAGAGCCACCAGCACCACAGCAGGAACCAGUGCCCUCUCGUGAGGACCCGCUGCUGUCUCGGGAGAAGCGGCACGUGAAGGUGGCCUUCACAGUGGGCGGAGACGACCCCCUGCCCUUCCCCUCCCUGCCCUUCCUCUCCCCUCCCCUCUCCACCACCACCACCACCGGCGGCACCAGUAGUAUCACCGGCAGCAGUGGCAGCGGCGGCAUGAGCAGUGGCAGCGGCGGCAUGAGCAGUGGCAUGAACAGUGGUGCCUCUACGCCCAUCGCCAGUCGCCGCCGUGGGGGUGCGGGUGGUGCUGGUGGCACUGGUGCUGCAUCCUUCCAAGUGACAGCUUACUUCGCCAAGCAGUUCGACGCGCUCCGCCGCAAGUGCUGCUCGCCCUUUCCCCCGCCCCCGACCACUGCCCAGCAAUCUGCUGCGGCUGAUACAGGGGAAGGGGCAGCAGCAGGGGAGGGGUUGAUGGACGGGAGUGGCGACUUGGAGUUCGUGCGGUCGCUGUGCCGCUGCAAGCGCUGGAGUGCCGAGGGCGGCAAGAGCUCGGUGUAUUUCGCCAAGACAGCGGACGACCGCUUCGUCAUCAAGCAGGUGCAACGCAAGGAGAUCCUGGCGUUCCUUGACUUCGCCAACGACUAUUUCAAGCACCUCUUCGACGCCUUUGAAUCUGGAAACCCCUCGUGCCUCGCCAAAAUCCUGGGACUGUAUCAGGUGACAGCCAAGGGGGUGACUAUGGACGUGAUGGUGAUGGAGAACUUGCUCUACAGCCGUCGGAUUACCAAGCUCUACGAUCUCAAGGGCUCUCGUCGCUCCAGAUACAACGCCGACCGGUCCAAGAGCAGGGUGCUGCUGGACGAGAACCUUCUGGAGGCCAUGCCCACGUCGCCCAUAUUCGUGGGGAAGCGCUCCAAGCAGCUGCUGGAGCGCGCCGUGUGGAACGACACUGCGUUCCUGGCGAAGCACGACAUCAUGGACUACUCUCUCCUGGUGGGCGUGGAGGAGGAGCGGUCCACCCUGGUGGUGGGGAUCAUCGAUUUCAUCCGCCCCUAUACGUGGGACAAGCAGCUCGAGACGUGGGUCAAGGCGUCCGGCCUGCUGGGGGGUGGCGGGGCGGGGAAGGACUCCACCCCCACAGUGAUAUCCCCGUCGCAUUACAAGAAAAGGUUCCGGAAGGCCAUGCAGACGUACUUUGUGAUGGUUCCGGACCAGUGGGUGCCGCGAGUGCCGGAGAUUGCCACCACGGCCGCUGGUGUUGUGGUGCCGGCUGUGCUGCCAAGCAGGCUAAUUCAACAACAGGCGGAACCUGAGCAGCAACAACAGCAGCAGCAGCAGCAGCAGCAGCAGCACCAGCAGCACCAGCAGCACCAGCAGCAGCAGCAGCACCAGCAAGACCAGCAGCAACAGCAGCAGCAGUAGGAGCCAGUAUUACUGCAGCAGUAGAUUGCACGCACCAUGCAGACAUACGGGCCACUGGGUACCCAGGGUGCUUGAGAUCGCGACAACUGCUACUUGCGUGGUGGUGCCAGCUGUGCUGCAGAGCAGAUUAAUCAAGAACAAGCGCAGUCAGAUCAGCAGCAGCAAGAGCAGCAGCAGCAGCAGCAGUAACAGGAGCAGCAGAAGCGACUAUUGCAGCAGCAGCAGCAGUUUGCAAAUCAUGGCUGCUGGUUUGGCGGUGCGGCUGUGCUGCGGGUCUAGACUAAUUCAGGCGCAAAUGCAGCCAGAGAAGCAGAAACAGCAGGUGCAGGAGCAGCAGGAGCCAUUGUUGUGCGCAGUAGAGUGCAACCACUGUGCUGCCAUGUAGACUCUAGACUCAUUUUGAGGCGCCUCAAAAGCCAUGUAGACUCUAGACUCAUUCAAAAGCAAGUUUAACCAGAGCAAGCACAGCUCAUUCAUCAGGGGCAGAAGAAGCAGCAGGAGCAAAAAGGUAGAAUUGUAGCAGCCUGGGUAAUAGCUACACUGUAUAUAACCGUACAUCUCCCAUUCUUAGCUCUCGGCAAGCAUGGGGAAUGUACUAUCCCCACCCCCACUCAAGAGAGCAGUGGGUUCUUU